AUGACGCGCGCGCCAACAGAAAAGCCAAUGAGGGUCACGGGUCGUUUGCCUUGCACGCCAUCGAUGAGCGCAUGCGCCAGUACCUUUCCAGCCUUAUCUGCUCGCGCAAGAGCAACACUGAAAGGAUUGUCAAGAACACUGGCGACUUUGAUAAGUCCAAGCGGCCAAAGACCAGCGUACAGUGCUCCGAGUAACUUGAACAGCACUUCCUGCAGAGAAUUGCCAAGACGGAGCAUGGCGUCAAGCUCGAAUCUCGAUACAAUACCAAGACCCAAUCCACCCAUCACACUACCCAGACCGGCGGCAAGCAGAGGGGCCGCAAGACCACCAGUUACCCCGAUGAGCACAGCACCACCGACAGCGGCAAGCCCAACUUUCCACUUUCGGCUCGCGGCAUCGUUGGAGGCUUGUUUCGCGGCGGUCGCAUCGGCGUCCAUAUGA